GUUCAGCGUGGGGCGGGUGGGACAUUCUACCGAAGCGCAUUGUUGUGUUGGGGGAUGCGGAUCCGACAGCAGCAGCCCUGUACGAACCAAUUGAAGCCUUCCGAGCUAGGAAGCGGAUAUUUCACACCCAUGAAUCUGUCAUAAAGUACAGCUUUUAUGCUCAUGGUAAACUGCAUUUCAACAGCUUCCGAGACGCCAAACGCACUAAACUUUCAACUCAUAUUUUAUGUCUGAAUAGCUCAAGUAUUGCCCGUUGGAUGAGAACAUUGCGUACGGAAUCCCAGUGUCUUUUGAGCAGGCCGUAUCGCCAUUGCUUUGAAAGACUGCUGGUGACACACUACCCACGGCUAGCAAAGCUGUCUGAACCGAGCUGCCGUCGCCUUCGUGAUGAGGAGGAAGUCCCGUCACCCCCAGACCCCCGUCCCCCAGCGCCCCCCUCAGCGGCCCCCCUCCCCCAUCCAGCCGUCUCCCAACAAGUACACCCUAACCUAUGCCCAGGCCCAGCGGCAGGUGGAGGUGGAUGUGGCCGGGCGAACACACCGACUCAGCAUCUACGACAAGCUGGAGGUUGUCUCGGACGGUGACCCCGUCUCCCAGGAGAUCCUGGAGUGCAACAGCAACAAGGAGAACUCCCAGCAGCUUCAGCGGGCGCCGCUCCGCUCCGCCCGGCUGAAGAAGAACCAGGAGAGGAGAAACGCCGCCGCCGCCGCCGCCAUAGCUGCUCCCGCCCCCUCCGCUCCUGGGGGGAACUCUCGAGGGGGAGGAGGAGGAGGGGGAGCACAGACUGGCCCAGCCCUGCCUGAACCCAAGCUCCGCAGGGUGGAGUACAACCUCCCAACUGUGCCCCGGAGGCCCUCCUCGCUGUACCGCUACGAGGAGAAGACGGAGGAGGAGCAGGACGAGGAGGUGGAGUACGACCUGGAUGAGGAGGACCACGCCUGGCUGGAGCUGGUGAACGAGAGGAGGAGGAGCGAGGGCGUUGGGCAGGUCUCCCACGGCGUCUUUGAGUUCCUUCUCGACCGCUUUGAGAAGGAGGCGCACGCGGAGAGCGUGGCACGGGGCGGGGGAGGCGCGGUGGCAGUGGACGAGGACGCCGUCUGCUGCGUGUGUUCAGACGGAGAGUGCUACAACAGCAACGCCAUCCUCUUCUGCGACUCCUGCAACAUGGCGGUCCACCAGGACUGCUACGGGGUCCCCUACAUCCCAGAGGGCCAGUGGCUCUGUCGACACUGCCUCCACGCCUCCCGCCAGCCCGCCUCCUGCAUCCUCUGCCCCAACCGGGGCGGGGCGGUGAAGCGCACCGAGGACGGCCGCUGGGGUCACGUGGUGUGUGCUCUGUGGGUCCCCGAGGUCGGCUUCUCCAACAGCACCUUCCUGGAGCCCAUCGACGGCGUGGAGAACAUCCCUCCAGCUCGCUGGAAGCUCACCUGCUACCUGUGUAAGCAGCGCGGCGCUGGAGCCUGCAUCCAGUGCCACAAGGCCAACUGCUACACGGCCUUCCACGCCAGCUGCUCCCAGAGAGCUGGCCUGCUCAUGAAGAUGGAGACCAUCAGGGAGCGGGGCGGAGACGCAGGCUUCUCCGUGAAGAAGACAGCGUACUGCGGCGCUCACUCCCCCAGCGGCGCCCCCCGCAGGCCGCUGACCGUCUAUGAUGAGAUCCCGCCCAGGAACGGCGUCUGUAGGCGAAGAGGCGGCGUGAAGAGGGGGAGGGGGAGGGGCCGGGGGAGGUCGAAGGUCAAGCAGAAGAAGAAGAGCAGGAAGGUGGAGACUGAGCCAGAGGAAGUGACAUCGCCGCUUCCUGUCCCUUGCUUAUCCUCUGAGAGGUUGAGCAGCAUCCUGAACCAGGUGUCGGUGCAGAGGAAGAGGGCCUUCGUGGGGCUGGUGCUGAGCUACUGGGGCCUGAAGAGGCAGGCCAGGAACGGAGCGCCGCUGAUCAGACGGCUGCUCUCCAGCCAACAGGGCCAGAAGACUGCCCAGCUGCCGAGGCAGAGUGAGGAGGAGUGCCAGGAGCUGAGGCAGAGGUUGAAGGCGUGGCAUCGUCUGAGACACGACCUGGAGAGAACCAGACUGCUGCUGGAGCUGGUCCACAAGAGGGAGAAGAUCAAGAGGGAGGAGGUGAGGCUGCAGCAGAGCCUGCUGGAGAUGCAGCUGGCCCCCUUCAGCCUGCUGCUCAGGGCUCUGCUAGACCAGCUGCAGGACCGGGACCAGGCCCGCAUCUUCACCCAGCCCGUCGACACCUCAGAGGUUCCAGACUACCUGGGCAUCAUCCAGAAGCCCAUGGACUUCUCCACCAUGAGGCAGCGUGUGGACGCGCAGGCCUACCCCUCGCUGGACAGCUUUGAGGCCGACUUCAACCUCAUCGUGGCCAACUGCCUGAAGUACAACUCAAAGGACACGUACUUCUGGCGUGCCGGUGCCCGUCUGCGGGACCAAGGCGGCGCCGUGCUGAGGAAGGCUCGCCGUGACGCCCAGAGGAUCGGCUUUGACGUCACCAGCGGGAUGCUGCUACCUACGCCGCCCAAGAUUGAGGCUCCGCCCACCUUCUCCUGGGAGGACGUGGACCGUCUCCUCGUGGCGUCCCAGCGGCGACACCUCGCCCCAGAGGAGCAGCUGCAGCAGCUGCUGGAGAGGCUGGACCAGACCAGUGCCGUGAAGGCCUCAUCCUCCCGCUCCAGACGCCUCAAGCUGCUGAAGAAGGCCAUCAACGAGGUCCGCAGCGAGGCCAGCCUGCAGAGGGUGCUGCCCUCACACUCCUCCUCCUACUCCCUCCCUCAGCGGGGGAGACCCCCUGGGGAGGAGGGCGAGGCCAGCGGUCCCCAUGGGGAUGAUGAGGGUGACAAGUCUCUACCUCCUAAACUGGAGCCCUCUGACUCUCUACCUCCCCCCCCCGCGUCAGAGCGAGAUUCCGAGCCCCCCACUCUCAAGCCCAUAGCCCCCCACGCCCCCACGCCCAGCCCCAGACGGGUCACCUUCGACGGGAAGGACCCCCCCAGCAACGCCCCCCCUCAUGGCCGUCUCAACGGCCACUCCCACUUCCACCCGCUGUCUCAGGAUGCACUGCUGCUGUCAGAGGGGGACGUGAGCGUGGUGGCCACUUCCACCCUGGCCCCGCCCUCAGGCACCGUCAACAGACGCACCGCCGUGCUCUUCCGCAAGUCCAAGAGCACCAGCCCACGCAAGGCCCCGCCUCCUGGAAGGGGAGGAGGGGGAGGGUCAGGAGGAGGGGGAGGGCCAGGAGGAGGAGGGGGAGGAGGGUCAGGUCGAGUAGAGGAAGGGGGACAGGACGGUGGAGGAGAGGAGGCUAAGGAGGAGUGCCCUCAGCUAGGCAGCAGCAGCUUCCUGUCGGUGGUGAUCCCCAGGCUGGAGACCCUGCUUCAGGGCAGGAAGCGCAGUCACAGUGCCUGUAAGACAGGGGGCGCCGGAGAGGAGCAGGGGGAGGUUCCCGUCAAACGCCUCGACACAGGGCUGACCAACGGCUUUCUGGAGAAGGAGGAAGGUGAGGGGGAGCUGGUGUCCAGGAGGAGUCUGGAGGAGGAGCUGGUGUCCAGGAGUACUCUGGAGGAGGAGGACCUGGUGUCCAGGAGGAGUCUGGAGGAGGAGGAGGACCUUGUGUCCAGGAGGAGUCUGGAGCCCCGAAGACGAUGGGCCUCAGAGUCCAGCAUCUCCUUCAGCAGCAGCAUGCCGGGAAGCACCAGCUCCCUGCUUUGCCUCCCUCCCUGUGGGAAGGGCAAGCCAGCGCUGGUGCGCAGGAGCACCGUGGACGACAAGAGCGAGCUGAUCGCCUGCAUCCAGAACGGAAACUUCGCCCGUGCUGCCAGGAUCGCUGCUGAGGUGGGUAAUAGCAGUAUCUGGAUGCCUGCUAGUGCUGCUGCCGUGGUGCUGGAGCCUCUGAAACUGGUCUGGGCCAAGUGCAGUGGAUACCCCUCUUACCCUGCCCUGAUCAUCGACCCCCUCAUGCCCCGUGCGGGGUGCCAGCAUAACGGGGUGUCCAUCCCCACGCCUCCUCUGGAGGUGCUGAAAGUGGGGGAGCAGAUGAAGCAGAAGGCCGAGGACGCACUCUUCCUCGUCCUCUUCUUCGACAACAAACGCAGCUGGCAGUGGCUCCCCAGGUCCAAGAUGGUUCCCCUGGGCGUGGACAGGACCGUGGACAAGAUCAAGCUGAUGGAAGGUCGCUCCUCCAGCAUCCGCAAGGCGGUGCUCACUGCCUUCAGCCGUGCCCGGAGCCACCUCAGUGUGGUCCAGGACCAGCCUGACAGCGACCUCAGCGACGUGGACUAACACACGGACGCACACACAUGGACGCACACACACACGGACGCACGGACUAACACACACACACGGACGCACACACACACGGACGCACACACACACACGGAUGCACACACACACGGACGCACACUUCCUCUGUGUCAUUUCCACCCCAGAUGAACUUUUAUAACCUUGCACCCUUGAUAAUAUCGGACACUAACUUAUUUUGUAGAUUUGAGGAACAAAACAAUAUGAUGGGUACAGAGAACGACUUUUUGUAGUAUUUAUAAAUAUAUUUUUUGCUGAAUCAUGUUCUGACUAGCCUGUGUUCUCUGUGUCCUUUGCUGUAAACCGGAACAGUGUGUCAGUGUGUGCAUAUAGUACACACUCACACACACACACACACUCACACACACCGUUAUGAUCCAACAUGGCAAAGAGACCCCUGCUUUCUACGUUUUUUCCAUACUCGUCUAGGUCAUGUUUUUUUUAAGUGUUAGGUUAAAGUUAUUGAAAGUGUAAGAUUCAAUUUGGCAUUCUUUUUGUUUUGUUUUUUCAUCAAGUGAAAUCCCUUUUUUUUAUGAUGGUGUUGAGUAUAUUUUUGUUGAUACAUACUGUGUUUUAUGAUUAAGUAUAUAUCCGUAUGUUACACUGUGUCACAGGGGAUGUCGUUGUUAUGGAAACCAGAAGUGCGCUGUUCUCAAGAAACCAAAAGAAAAAAUGUUGCCCAGAAAUAUAUAUAUAAAAAAAAGUUUAUACUAAAGUUGGUGUGUGUGAGAGAGAGAGAGUGUGAGAGAGAACGUUAUUGCAAAACAAAACAAACAUAUUUUUUACAUCCUGACUGAUUGACUGUUACCAGAGCCUUGAUGGUAGAUGUGUUAAUUUAUUGUAAAGUAUUUUGGACAAAAAAAAAGAGCUCAUAAAUCAGUAAAAUAUCAA